GAAUCGCCUAGUGUGGCCAUUUACAUCAAGGAUGAGAGCAGAAACAUAUACUAUGAACUGUGUGAUGUGAGGUAAGUAUAAAAGGAAUUACAGCUGUUGGGUUUUGGAUUUCUUUUGUUGUUGUUGAUGAUGAUGAUGAUGUUUUGUUUUGUUUUAUGCAGUGCACUUAAAGAUUAAAAAGGUGUGGAGCUGAUAAGUAUCUAACACAUAGAGGCUUGACACUUAAAAGCCUGUUCAGUGAUAUCUGAGUAAUAUGGGAGGCUUGAUCUGGCACUGCCUUGAGCUGUAGGUGCAACAUCUGUUGCACAAGCCAUUGAUGAAUGGUGUAUCUCAUUCAAAUAUGCAUACAAUUCAUGCAGGUUCACAUAUUUAAUAUUUUAUUGCAUUUUAUCUGUGACAUAAAUAUUUAACAUACUGAACACAAAAACUUACAGAAAAUACAGCUUUUUUCUAGCAGAGGAAAAUCUCCAGGUGAGACUGCAGUUUCAAAAAUAAACGUUACUGAUGUCCUCACAAUAAUUUUAAUUAUUUAUUCUUUUACACUGCCAAGGAUUUGUAGCAUCAGUGACCACUGCUGCAGCAGCCUCACCACCUUCCUUUUGAUGUCAGGAUGCAGCAACUUCUUCCUUCUCUACUUCUGAGUUCAGUCUCUGGCUAACAUUUGGAUGGUUCUUUCUGUCAUCUGUUAGUCCUGAUGUCUGUGUUCUUCAAACAAAAGGAUCAGAUUCUUAGGGGAUGUACAAAGUCCCAAAAGAUGCCCAAAAGAACUCUAAGACAUACUACAGGCAUGUCGCACUAUAGAACUGUUCAGGGAGAUAUGGUGUGCUUUUGUGCUAUCCUUCUCGCUAGAGGCUGUGAGGUAAAAAGAAUGGACAGAAGAACCAGAAGACAGAAAGGGGUGAAGAAGAAAGUAGAAAAUAUGUUUCCUUUCUGCCAGUCAACUUGUAGUGCAGGAAUUGGUUGUGAAAGUAAGGGAAGUGCAUAGCCCACUAGAGCCUUGUUUCUUCUGGAGAUUACUUGACUUGUGUACAAGUUGGGGUUUUUCUAGCAUUGCCACUUCAAGUUCUCCCAUUACUCUUCUUUCUAGUCUUUGAACAGCACUGAACCCCAGUUUUUCUCCUCUGUCUCACUUUCCUCAGUCUCUCUAUCCAGUGUCUUGUCAUCAACCAGCCUCUUGAAUUUCAGUUUCUGGCUUUUUUUUAUGUUUUUUUUUUUUUUUAAUCUUUCUUUUUUAGAAGUCUUCCACACCCUAGUUUGGCCACUGUUACUCCAGUUUUAAGCCCAAUCUGAUGAUUUUUACAUCCUCAUUCAUCACGUUCUCAAGUUUCGUAUAUUUUAAGUAGUCUAUUCACUAUAUCUGAUCAAGUGAUUAAAUCAAGACAGGUGUUACAAUGUUUCUGUUGCUGAGCGCCUUAUUGCCAACUGUAGUCUGGCCCACCAGCUCUUCACUUUAUCCCUCCAUCUUCCCUGGAGUUUCAGACUAGCGGUUUAUGACUUCAUCCCCUCCCUGCCCCAGUGUUGCCAUUGUUCAUUAUCUUAAUACUACUCUACUCCACCUUUCUUCCCAUUGCAUGCGUCACUCUGCCAAAAUCAAGCAUAGCUCACUCUCUACUUCCUCUGUUCCUAUGCCUGUAUUGUAGAUCAUUUCUAGAGGAAAUGCCACAUUCCAGCUGACUUCCUCUAUAGCCAAACUCCCUCCUUCAGUUGCCACCCUCUUCCAACAAUUCUAGCUUACUGGAGUCCAAAGUAUGCAGUACUGGUAGCCUUUUAACGAUUUCCACAUUUUCUCCUUUUCUGUUCCUUACUCUUUCACAUGAUCUUUACACAGCACGUCCCCACAGAGAACAGAUAAAAAGUAUAAUUUUCCUCUUCUUUGCUUGCCAUCUCUUCCUUCAGUUAUCUUCCUUCUUCCUUGCCUUAAAUACAAGCAUUUCAGUUGACUCUAAGCUGUCCACUUGACUCAUCUUCCUCUGCGCCUCAAGUCUUUUGCCUUGUCUUCUUAUUAAUGUCUUGCUCUAUUACAGUGCCUACUCUUUAUGUUGCAAACGUGUUUCUGUGCUUCCCAACAAAACUCUCUCUUCACACAAAGUAAAUUUUCACGGUCCACCCCAUCACUUUUCUCUCUCUCCUGCAGUAAGCAAUCACUAUAACCGUUGGUGGAGUUUUACUUGUUUCAGUUCAGUCAAUCCUAAACCCAUUUCCACCCUCCCUAGUGUUUUAUUCUUCUAAUUCCAACCUGUCUUUUGUUCCUGACUGUUCCAUUACAAUUGUUCAGGUCACCAACUGGCUAGCUUUUGUGAACAUUACACCCUUAUUCUCUCAGAUAUCUCAUGUAUACUUUUAUUGUUUUCUUCUUGGAACCUUGAUCACCCUUUAUUUCAAGGAGUUUUCUUCCCCUAUUUCUUACUGUUUCUCUUCUUUCAGUUAUCACUUGAGGGAUCAUAUUCUCAAGCACUGAUUUUCUGUUGUGUUUUUUUUCUAUGAAAAAUUAUACAUGCCAGUGAAACUAGCUCAACUGUUGAUGUCUUCCCUGUGAACACCUGCAACUGGAUGGCAUGAAACCUGCCUCUUCUCCCCAACGAAAAUCUUGAUCUUCUCUUUUAACAUAGUCUCAAGCACCAUUCGUUUCUACUCAGAUUAUGUUGUUCAUUAGACCAUUCCACUCCCUCUUCUUUUAUUUCUGUAUUAAUUUUUUUCUUAUUUAAUCCUUGGGGAUAAAGCACUGCUUGCUACUUGUGCCUCCAAAUCAGUCCUUUUCUUAAUCUGGUUCGUGAUUCUGCAUUCACUGUUGACUUCUUCAGAUUUUUUUUCUUCAUAACAUCCCUCUGAUGCAGCCUUUCAUUUCACACCAUGUAGUGAUAAAACACUUGGCUAAAUCAUCAACUUUUAAACAUUUUUUGACACCAGCUUUAAACAUCUAGCUUUUUUUACAGCAACUUUUGUAACAUUCUUUUCCAGACAUUCGAUGCAAGUAAUCCUUUUCACUCUACUCAUUCAAAGGAGGCAAUAAAGGCUAUUCUCCUGGCUCAUCAGGGAGACUGUUUCACAUGUAUUUUUUCACUUGUCCUCUGACUGUAUCUUCUCCAUCUAAUUAAAUAAAAACUACUUGUCUUCAUUAUGAGGGCCACUCCAAGCCCACUUCAAUGCUACUUUUCAUUUCUUGUUCAGUACCAAGUGCCAUCUGCUUCCACUUGGCUAGUAAUGCCAACUUUCACUGUUCAUGUCUUUAAUUUUCCAACAAGUGCCUUCACGCUCCCUCUUAGGCAGCCCUCUGUCAUGCUUGGAAGGAGUCCUCCACAAACAUCUGAAAAGCCACUGUAUUGCUCUUCUUCCAGUCCCACUUUUACCCUUACUCGCGCAUUCCCUAUUCAGAGCAUGACCAUGGUGCCAGCAUCUGUUUACUGUUCUUCAGCCUGGAGAGGCCAUGUUCUCCUUGUGUCUUUCCGUUCCCUUAUCUUUCUGCAGCUAUCUUUGUCUUUUGUGUCUUAUACUCAUCUUGUAAGCUGGUAAAGAGGUUGUUUUCCUAGGGUGUUGAUAUAGCACACACAUAUCAGUGAGGCAUUUGAACAUGCCAUGGGCAUCUGGGAGCUACAGUAAUGCAAAUAGUAGUAAUUAUGAAUAUACAGUAAUAUAUACCUGCUAUCAGUGGUGUUUAUCUUAGAAUAGCAACAUGAGGUGAAACAGAAUUCACUUCAGAGAUCAAAUGCCUAGUAUUUUGGUGAUUUGCCUUACAGCAAUGUUUUACUUUAACAUGUCAUGUUCCUACAAGAAGUAUUUAUGGAGAAUGCUUUUAAAAAACAAAACCUCCAGUUAGUUAAGUAAGUACCAUCUCAUAGCUAUCAGAGUGAAAAAAGGAGCAGAUAAAAUUCAUUUAAAUGAAAAAUACUGCAUUUCUUGAAUUGAAAAUGGAAGAGUUAGCUUUGCAUCAAAAAGAACAUAUUUCUAAGUCUGAGGCAGAAAAUGAUAACUGAGACUACCAGCGCAAGUCUCAGUGCAGAAGGAUCACAUUUGUAAGAUGGAAAACAGUUUAUAUUACCAUAAAUAAUUGAAGAACUUGUACUUGCCUCAAGGCAGCUAUUUUCCUAUGCAGCCUACAAGUAAACACUCAUAAAUACUAACUUUCUCAUCAGCCCUGCAGUUCUUAAACAGACGGUACUGAUCUGCCUCUUGAGCUGUGGAGUUUCUUUAAUAACUACUUGACAUCUACAACAGCAGCACAAGUUCUGACUAGCUACCCAUUCAAAGCAAUCACUGAUUGUAAUAUGACAUUGAAAGAAAGAAAUUGGACCUGCCCAAGCAUCCUUUCCUUCAUUUUUAAACGAUAAUCCCUGUGAUUAACAUCAGUUCAGUAGACUUGUAGCUGCACCUGGAGGAAAGGAAUUCAGUCACAUGUGUGAGUAAAUCCUCUAGAGAUCACUACUGGGAAAUGAAAGGAAUCGCAGUUUUGAAAGGAUGUGAGUGAAUGUAGAUUGGAGACUUUGCUACUGAUGAAAUGUGAACAAGAAAUCAGCAGAAUUCUGUGCAAAUUUCUAAGCCAUAAAAUUAACAGAAGGAAUAUUCAAGACCGGUCUUUCCUUAAAGUUUACAACAAAGAUCCCGCACACGCGUUUAAUCACACUUCCAGAGCUGUAAAUGGAGACAUAAGGAUGCAGAGGGAAAUUGCCUAUAUGGGCCGAGAUGGCCCAAGCGCUUCCCGCUCCGGAUCUGCAACGCACCCCUCCCACGCGAUGCCCAGCUCUCCGCCCUCCACUCCAGUGCCCCACUCCAUGCCCCCCUCUCCGUCCAGGAUCCCCUACGGAGGGGGACGUCCCAUGGGUGUUCCGGGCAAUGCCACCAUCCCCAGGGACCGGCUCUCCAGUGUGUCGGCAUCACGCUCCAUAUCGCCCAGCCCAAGCGCCAUUUUGGAGAGGCGGGAUGUGAAACCAGAUGAGGACAUGAGUAACAAAAACUUGGCCCUGAUCCGAAAUGAAGGUCUAUACGGGGACCCGUACUUGUUUCACGAGGGGAGGAUGAGCGUGGCUGCACCCCACAGCGGACACCCCCUCGAUGUCUCCGAUCACAUUGUCGCCUACCAUCGCAGUGCCAUGAGGUCAUCAAGCACUUACUGUAACCCCUCUAUGCAGCCUGAAAUGCUGGAGCAGUCCUUGUACAGACAAAAGCCACGAAAGUACCCGGAGAGCCACUUGCCCACGCUCAGCUCUAAAACACCUCCCGCCUCGCCCCACCGCGUGGCUGAUAUGCGCAUGAUCGAUAUCCAUCCCCACCAUAGUGCACACAUCCCUCCCCACGCUAUCCAGCCUGACAGGGCCUCUCCCAGCCGCCAGUCCUUCAAAAAGGAGCCAGGACCACCCGUAUUUGUGGAUGCCAAAGUGCGAGGUGCCCUCGGCCACCCGGGCAUGGCAGAGGCUGUGCCGUCUCCCAUCGACAAACAGGCUUUUGGCUAUGGGUCACCCACAAUGCCCAAGGACAAGGAGACAAGAGAGAGGAUACAAGCCAUGGAGAAACAGAUUGCCAGUUUAACUGGUCUUGUUCAGUCUGCGCUUUUAAAAGGGCCAAAUACAAGUAAUAGCAAAGAUGCUUCUAGUGAGAAGAUGAUGUUGAAAAUUGUGUCCAACAAAAGCAGCGCAGAUGCUACAGGUGCUGCUAACUUAUCUGGGGGGAAGAACACGUUGGCAACAAUGGAGUCAGCUGUCAUCCAUCACCCUGCUGGAACCCCAUCGAUGCAAGUCAGCCUGCAUGGUAUGAAACGCAAUGUGUCAGAUCUACGACUGCAGCUGCAUCAUAUGAAGCAGCUACAGCUACAGAACCAGGAGAUGCUGAGGGCAAUGGUGAAGAAAGCAGAGCUGGAAAUCAAUGGCAAAAUGUCUGAAACGGUGAAGAGGCUUGAAGAUCCUGUGCAGCGACAGCGCAACCUGGUGGAACAAGAAAGGCAGAAAUACCUCAGCGAGGAAGAAAAGAUUGUAAAGAAAUUAUGUGAGCUAGAGGGAUUUGUUGAAGACCUGAAGAGGGACUCCACUGCUUCCAGCAAGACGGUUACACUGAAAGAUGUUGAAGAUGGAGCCUUUCUUCUGCGUCAAGUGGGAGAAGCUGUUGCCACCCUUAAAGGAGAGUUCCCGACGCUGCAGAAUAAAAUGCGUGCGAUCCUCCGCAUUGAGGUAGAAGCCGUCAGGUUCCUAAAGGAAGAGCCACACAAGUUAGACAGCUUACUGAAACGUGUGCGCAGCAUGACAGAUAUCCUUACCAUGCUCAGAAGACAUGUUACAGAAGGACUGCUGAGGGGUGUGGAUUCCUCCCAGGCUGUGCAAUACCCUGCUAUGGAAAAGGCCACAGCAACUGAAGCUCUGAAAAAUCAGGAGGAGCCCAAACAAACCCAGGGACAUGCACAGCAAAACCUCACAGCAGUCACAUCAGAGUCCCAGGUAUCAUCAGUCAAGUCAGAAGUCGUCCCCUUCUCCACAAUGACGGUCCAUCACGUGCAGAGCUCUCCCGUUGUCAUCCAUCAGUCUCAGCACUCAUCAGCCCUGGUCAACCAUGCCCAGGGUUCACCUGCUGCACCCAGCCACAGUGAAGGGCUGCCAAUGAGCAGUCACCCUUCCACCACCCCACCAGCACCCCCCCAGGAACCAACAAUAGGAUCCCAGCCCACCCAAGGCAUGCCGGCACUACAGGUCUCUGUCAAUGGCAACACCAUGCAAAGUCUUUUCAUUGAGGAAAUUCACAGUGCAAGUACCAGAAACAGAGCUGUAUCAAUUGAGAAAGCCGAAAAGAAAUGGGAAGAGAAAAGACAAAACCUGGAUCACUAUAAUGGAAAGGAAUUUGAAAAGCUCUUGGAAGAGGCCCAGGCCAAUAUAAUGAAGUCGAUUCCUAACUUGGAGAUGCCUCCCCAGCCAGCAGUCCUGCCUAAAGGGGAUGCAGGGGAGAAGUUUGAAGUCUCAGAAGAUGCUCCAGAUGCAGAGCAGGAUAAUGACAAGCUGACCAAGUCCCCACCUCCUCCUCCUCCACGGCGCAGUUACCUGCCGGGGUCAGGACUGACCACGACGAGAUCGGGAGAGGUCAUCUACGCAGCCAGGAAAGAGGCGGCUGCUGGCAAGGAAUGCAGUGAAGAUGCUGGGCAAACAACACAACCCAAAGCCCCCAAAGAGGAUCAGGCAUUGCCUCGAAACACAGGGCUUGCUGUAGCAUCAGCUGUAAAAGAUGAAGAAGAAGAAGAAGGAGAUAAAAUAAUGGCAGAAUUACAGGCUUUCCAGAAGUGCUCUUUUAUGGAUGUAAACUCAAACAGUCAUGCUGAGCAAUCCAGAAAUGAUACACAUGUUAAAGACAUAAGGCCUGGGACUUUAAUGCAUCACAAGGAAAAGAAGGUGUAUGGGGCUACAACAGGAUCUCCCACAGAUAGUGACCAUCCUAAAGAGAAGAGGGAAGGGAAAACUGAAGAAGAAUUGGGUUCUGAUUCAUCCAGCACAAAUGACAGUAAAAUUGGCUUUUCAAUGAAUGACAGUUCUACAUUUAGCAAGGGUUUGUUUGUAGACAGUAGAGACUAUUCUAAGAAAAACCUCCAAAAUAUGAGCACAAACCUGCCCAGUGUCAGUUUGCCAGAGGAUGACAAACGAAGAGGGGCUCAAGAUAUUUUAGGAUCCCAUUUUCCAGCUGUUGAAAAUGGAAAGCCAAACCCAAGCUACGGACUGUCACGAGAUGCUUGCCAGGGCCCUCCGCAGGGUGAAGCUGUGCCGAGUGCUGCCAGGUGUGUCCCUGUCAGCAGCGUUGCCCCUCUGGUGAGACCCUCCCAGGAGGCUGCAGGGUCUGUCCCCUCCUCACCUGAGCAAGAAGCUCCUGCAGGCAGCUGUGGUCAGGUUGUGCUGAGACCCAAAGCGGCAAGGAGCAACAGCACUGAAGAGGCAGACUCUCCAGCUAGCUCUCCAAGUGAAGACAGCCCACCCACUGAAAACAUCGCCUUCAUGAUUACCAAAACAGCUGUCCAGGUCCUCUCGAGUGGUGAAGUCCAUGACAUAGUCAGCCGGAAAGGCGGUGAUGUGCAAACGGUAAACAUCGAUGCGCGAAAGGAUGUGGCAUUGGAGAAAGGCACCCCAGAAAGCACUGACAGUGAAGAGCCAGUGGUCUGUCUGGACAAAAAGCCCGUCAUCAUCAUUUUUGAUGAACCGAUGGAUAUUAGGUCAGCGUAUAAGCGUCUUUCUACCAUUUUUGAGGAGUGUGAUGAAGAGCUAGAGAAAAUGAUGACUGAGGAGAAAAUAGAGGAGGAAGAGGAGGAGGAAGAAAAUGAAGCACGUGGGAUUUCUAAGAACCCUAAGGAAGAGCCCCCGGUGCUUAUUGACAGAAAGGCAAUCGCAGAGUAUUCAGCAGCUCACGGUCUUAAUGAGCAGUAUGUGUUUAACCUCCACUCUGCCUCUGACUCCACGGAGACCAGAGCUCCUGCAGAGCAGGAGAGCUCAAAGACAAAUUUUAACAAGUACAGUCAGAUGUAUGGGCUGCACACAGAAGCAAACUUGGACUCUGCUGAUCAGUUUGGAGGCAGGCAGGAUUCUAAGAAAAAGUUUAAGUUUAAAUUCCCCAAAAAGCAGCUGGCUGCUCUGACACAGGCGAUACGUACAGGAACCAAGACAGGGAAGAAGACCUUGCAGGUUGUGGUUUACGAAGAGGAGGAGGAAGAUGGGACCCUAAAGCAGCACAAGGAAGCCAAGAGGUUUGAGAUCACCAGGUCCCAGCCUGAGGACCUCGACAAGAGUCCGACAGGGAAGCAGGAGGCCCCUCCCGGUGCUGCCGUGCCUCUAUCUAGGACUGAUGAAAUUCGGCAGAGCACGUACCGAACUCUAGACAGCCUUGAGCAGACCAUAAAGCAGCUGGAAAACACCAUCAGUGAAAUGAGUCCCAAAGUUAUCCCCGAAAGCACACACAGCUCUGAGGGAAGCACUGUCCCCUUCUCUGCCCCGCUAGUACCAGAGGUCCCACCCCGAGAGCUUGUAGUGCUGGAUGAGAGCCGUGGUGGCACAGAGCCCCCUCCGCCAGUCCCAGCCACUUCACGUAAGGGCCCGAGCGCUGCCUCGCAGACGAGCCGGAUGCCGGUGCCCAUGGCUGCGAAAAGUAGACAAGGAGGCACGGAGAAAGCAGGCAAACAGCACAAGCUGCAGGACCCGCGUCAGUACAGACAGGCUAAUGGAAGUGCUAAGAAAGCUGGUGGGGACUAUAAGGCUACUUCCCCCACCCUCCCUGCUUCUAAGAUCCCUGCCUUUUCUCCCACUUCUGGGAAAAGCAGCUCUGCCCCCGCUCCCAGCGGUGACGGCCCUAACCCCCUUACCCCACCUGCCAAGCCCUCCGUGCCCCCCUCCGGCCUCCUCGGGCCCCAGGCAGGCCGCAUGGCGUACUCGGCCUCCCUGAUCCCCUCUGUCGCUAACGGCUCCUCCAAGUUCCAGAGCCCACCCUACGCCGCCAAGGGCCACCAGCUCUCCUUCUCGCUGCAGACUCAGAACGGCCGCCCGCCCCCUCCUUCCUCCUCCACCUCCCCCCCGUCCUCCACCUCUCCCACCUCACUGAACCAAGGUGUGAAGAGCAUCAGGACCAUCCACACUCCUAGCUUCACCAGCUACAAGGCGCAGAAUGGAAAUGCCAGCAAGUCCGCCUCCCCCGCGGCCAAGGAGCCGGCCUAGAGGCUGUGCGCCGGAUUGCUGCUCCUUUCCUGCAGCCACUAUUUUAACCAGGGAGCGUAACCGUUUUGCUGUAUCGCUGGAGGCUUAAUACUAACCAUGUGCUAAACACUGAGUUACUACACUAGAGUAGAGUGAAGCUUUUUUGUAAACCUUUUGUUGCUGUUGUAAUGAUAGAAGAGCGUUUUCCCUCCAUAGGCAGCACCUCUUGCAAAAAAGCGUGUUGGUGUGUGUGUGUGUGAGCCCGAGCGCGGCGCUGCGCCGAGCACGGCUGCACGUGUGGCUGACGUUCAGUGAGCGGUUUUGUAUGAAGCUAUUUUUCAUUACGGGGACUAGACGUGAACAGAGAUAUACUGAAGUGUGAUUAUACACUACUGUAAAACUGAACUAUUUUUCUUUUAUUUUGGUGUUAUUUAGCUUUGUUACAGAUUUCUAUUUUUGUCGACCAAUGUCACGGUUCCUUUCGAGAUCUUUCUGCCAAAACAUUUUGAUACUAUUGUAAUGUACAUUUGAAAGUAGUAUGCUGGACAGCAAACCUCUGCACCAGAGACAGAACAAGACUGGUCUUAGUGCGCAGGAGGUAACUCAACCUAUUGCACUGCCAUUCAGAGUGUAUUUAAGAAUUUGCCAAGCCGAGAAAAAAAUAAAUAGUUCGACAUAUGUAGGGAGUGGCCGGUUAUUGUUUUCUUUCUUAGCUACAUUCACCCUUCCCCUUCAGCUUUCUUUUACUGGGACCUGGUAGCUCAUUUAUGUAUUGCAUUGUGGAUUUUUAAAUGUACACUUCUGUACUGUUCUGUAUACUGGCAAACUUUUGUACAUACCUAUAAAUAGAUAUAAAUAAAUGAAUACUGUAUGUGGCUGGGCACAUAGAGUAGUUUUACCACACCAAAGUUAAUUUUUAAUGCAUGCUUUCAAAAUAUAUAUGGGACAGGGCUGAAACAGAUGGGUAAUGGUCACAUUGGAGAAAAAGCAAAAAGCUUGCAGAGCUCAUGGUUUUGUAAAUAAAUUUAUUUGUAUAACACCGAUGUAAUAUACAGAACUAUGAUAAGCAAAGAUCUUUACAGAAAUAAAGGGCUGCAUGCUUAUGUUUUCUA